CACAAGACUAAUAGAUCCUCAACCUCGAGCCGCCUACAGAGGAUAAUGUGUUCCUAAAACCAGCUGCCUCCGCAUACAGUCUUAUUGUUUCCUCUUGCUGAGUCUGCUCCAAGUCACACGAUCGGCCCUAGUUCUAGCCUUGCCCCCUCGAACAACGCAUACACGAACAGACUGCACUCUGUGAUCCACAACAAGAUGGCAAGAGAUAGCGACGUGCCGCAACCGGGCCCGGCACGUCUAUCGAAAGGAGCUGGGCCUGAUGAGUGGCUAGAGCAAGCAAAACAAUGCAAAUACCUACCAGAGGCGGACAUGAAGCGAUUAUGCGAGAUAGUUAAAGAGUAUUUGAUGGAAGAAUCCAAUAUACAACCCGUCAGGACUCCAGUGACCGUAUGUGGCGAUAUUCACGGUCAAUUCUACGAUCUACUUGAGCUAUUCAGAGUCGCCGGUGGCAUGCCAGAUCACAAACCUAUGCCUGCGACUUCUCCCAUUUCCGUGAAAACCAUAUCAGCUGCCGACAUAGAACCUCCCACAACAAUUACGGACCCUAAGGCAAAGCGCAAGAUGAAAAGACGAUUUCAAAGAGACGAGAAUUACGUUGGCCCUCCUCCUGGUGAGGAUGAUGAAGACGCAGACGAUGACGAAGAGGAGCGUGGCAGAAGCAGGAGUGUGAGCAACGCUAAAGAAAACGUGAAUGAUGAAGAUGUAUGGUCAGGAAAUGUGGGUGGCUCGGGUGGUAAUGGGAAUCAGAAUUACAUAUUCUUGGGCGAUUUUGUGGAUAGAGGGUAUUUUAGCCUGGAAACUUUCACACUUCUGAUGUGUCUGAAGGCCAAAUACCCUGAUCGCGUCACGUUAGUACGUGGAAAUCACGAGUCUAGACAGAUCACGCAGGUUUACGGCUUCUACGAGGAGUGUCAGACAAAAUACGGGAAUGCAUCCGUGUGGAAAGCAUGCUGCCAGGUCUUUGACUUUUUGACCCUGGCGGCGAUAAUUGAUGGAAAAGUGUUGUGCGUGCACGGAGGUCUUAGUCCCGAAAUUCGAACCUUGGAUCAGAUCCGCGUGGUCGCCCGAGCGCAGGAGAUACCACACGAAGGUGCUUUCUGUGAUCUUGUGUGGAGCGACCCGGAGGAAGUAGAUACUUGGGCGAUCAGUCCUCGUGGUGCAGGUUGGCUAUUCGGCGAUAAAGUUGCCACGGAGUUCAACCACGUGAACGGCCUCCAGCUCAUAGCUCGCGCUCAUCAGCUUGUUAAUGAGGGCUACAAGUACCACUUCAAAGACAAGGACGUGGUCACAGUGUGGUCCGCGCCUAAUUACUGCUAUCGCUGCGGCAAUGUCGCCUCUAUCAUGAGCUUGCAAGAAGACCUAGACCCAAAGUUCACCAUCUUCAGCGCUGUACCGGAUAAUCGGCGCGCGGUGCCCGCAGGCAGGAGCACAAGGGGAGAGUACUUCUUGUAGAACGAAUCCACACGUCCUUGUGUCAUGAUACCCCCAUGAUGAACCACCUCAAGAAGGGCUGAUUAGGACACCCGGCCAACGUGUCCACUAGUUGCAUGUCUAGGCGUAGAAAUGUUGGGAAGAAGGAACACAGUUGGCAUAUAUUGCAUGGAUGUUCGCUCAGGACCUAGUUGUCAAAACGUGGCGUUUGCGGAAGGUUCGGGCGUGGAGGCCUUUACGAAGGGAGAGGUGUAUCAUACGUUUGCUACGUGUAUUAAUAUACGUUUUCCGAGCUUCUCUUUGUCACAAGUCUCUCUAGAACAAGAUGUGGAAAGGUCAGCGGUUCACUACGAUGGACGCCAAGGUACGUCAAUA